AUGUUCGCAAACUCGCGCCAGUGGUGCGAGAACCGGUUCAAUGAAGCGGCGGUCAACGCUGUGCGAAACUGCCGACUUAUCGUACGGGGAAACGUCCCGUGCACGUUAUCGCUCACAAGUGGCACUCACAAGGAGAUUCGUGAGUGCAACAGCCCACAGUACCUCGUGAACAAGCGCCUCAUGCUUUUGGCGCUGGUGGACAAUGCAUCCUCACUCUCGUGCUCAAUAGAGGAUCCCGCCGUAUGCAACGCGUUCAACGACGUCCUCGUAGGCAAGCAUGUCGACUGGAAGCGUGCAGAGCUCCGUGGUUGCCUGGGGCAGGUGCCCGAGAACCUGGACAAGUUCAAGGAUCGAGGAACGUCCAGCGACCUCUACAAGUACCUCAUGCUAUACGCGCACCACAGAGUUCGACGCCAUCAUCUACCAGCCCAAGAACCCUGCGGAAAACGUUGUAUUGAAGUUCACGCGACCUCUAACGCCCUGGUCGUAAACAAAUACGGCAAUUAG